AGACCGGUUCUGUCGGGGAACCGAGCUCGCGCCAGUCAGGGAGUGUCGAGUAGGAACUUCGACUACACCAUUUUUCUUUUUUUUGGGGUCCGAGAUUGUACAACUUAAGCCGUCGUCGGCUCUAACUUGACGUCUUUUCGCGGUCGCUGAAGCAGCUCAGCUGGAGUAAGAAGCUUUAGACUCUCGAGGUCGGUGGUUUUCAGAGUAGCGCUUCGACUCCAAUUCAGGCCCUUGUGAGUCCGGAUAGUUCACGCUGAAACUAUUCAGAUUUAACUCCAUAAUCAUACGUGACAGAGACGGGGCUCUGACUGAAGCCAGCCAGAUUCAAACUGGGAACUCACUUCGCACUCACUCGCAGAGUGGAUGAUCCCGAUCUGGCUCUUCUUCGAUCUGCCAAUAGGAUGCGUUCAGGUCUGAGUCAUUGAACGCAUCUCGCUCGACCUGCUCCGGUCCUGCUCUUCAGUUCUCGCGUUAACACACACGGUGGGGUUUUUUUGUGAGUCUCCUUCUGGGCGCGGUGGAUGCACCAUGGCGCGGUUGCUUUUCCUCGCCACCGUCGUGCUGUUGCUGGGUUCGGCCGCCGCUGGGAAGAAUGCAGCGCCGGCCAAAGAGGCUCCUGCUCCGGUCACCCUCCGCACCGUGGUGGCGGCGAGCUGCCAGGAGAUCCAGCGCUACGCGGAGUCGCUGCUGGGGACCGGAGUGAUCCGCUCCACCGCCGAGCGUGCCGUGGCGUUUCUAGACUCAAUGCUUGGUCAGGAGAACGUCUACUCCGUGGCCAUGUUUUUUGAAACGGUCAUAAGAUGCCUGGCUGAAGGAGCCGCCAGCGGCCUGAACGUCAUCGCGGUCUACGUCACCGAGAUCCUGAGGGUCACAGGAUUUGAUGUUGCCAUGUCUCUGCCGCACUUCACCCCUGAAGGAGUGACUGCCGUCGCCCAGUGGGGUCUGCUGACCCUCAUCGGCUACUGGCUGCUGACUAUGGUCCUGCGGCUGCUGGUGGGCGUGGUGUGCAAGGUCUUCUGGGUGAUAAAGACGGUGCUGGCUCUGUGGUUGUUUGGACUGAUCGUGGCGGACCGCAACGCCAGUGCCGACACCACGGCGGUCCGUCUGGCCGGCCUGGUGCUGGGCUGGGUCACGCUGAAUCUCAUCACCGCCUCUUCCCAAAAGUCCUGCGGUGUGGAGACUCGACUUCACAGCCUGGAGGGCCGCGUGCGAGCCGUGGAGAAGAGGAAAGCCGAGUGAGGGUUUUCUGAGAUGCUGGUUCUUAUACACGUGUCAAAUGUUACAGGAGUUUAAAAAAAAAGAAAAAGAAAGAAAAAUCUCUGGGAUUUUUAAUCGCUCUUUGUUUGCUUUCAUAAUGGGAAGAUUUUUUAUUGAGAUAUUUGAUGUAUUGCUCAAGAGAGCUGAUCCGAAAGUGUCCUGUCGUUGUGAUGUCUUUCCUUGGUUUGUGAACAAUAAAUUUUAAAGUAAAUUUCA